CGCCUCUUUUCGUGACGCGAUUGUGUCGCAGGGCGGGGUUUCCAUUUUCACUGCGAGUUUCGGGGAACAAACAUGGAGCCGGAGAUGGAGGACAAAACCUUAGAGCUGAUGAACAUCUCUGUCAUGGACUCGCAGACUGCAGACCGCUCCCCAAAGAUCACAGUGAUUAAGCCUACUUUUAUCUGUCCUCAGGUGAGUAAUGGACCCUUGACAGGCUCUAGGAAGCGGCCGUCAGAGGGAAAUUACGAGAAGGAGAAGGACGUGUGCAUCCAGCUCUUUGAUCAGUGGUCUGAGGCGGACCAGGUGGAGUUUGUGGAACACCUGAUCUCACGAAUGUGCCAUUACCAACAUGGCCACAUAAACUCCUACCUCAAACCCAUGCUCCAAAGGGACUUCAUUACGGCACUGCCAGCUCAGGGUCUGGAUCAUAUAGCGGAGAACAUCUUGUCCUUCCUGGACGCACGCUCGCUUUGUUCGGCUGAGCUGGUGUGUAAAGAAUGGCAGCGUGUGAUAUCCGAAGGCAUGUUGUGGAAGAAGCUGAUCGAGAGGAUGGUUCGGACAGACCCACUGUGGAAGGGCCUUUCAGAGAGACACCAGUGGGAAAAAUACCUGUUCAAGAACCGCACAACAGAAGUUCCUCCAAACUCAUACUACCGCUCUCUUUAUCCAAAAAUCAUUCAGGACAUUGAGACCAUCGAGGCAAACUGGAGGUGUGGCCGACAUAACCUGCAGAGGAUCCAAUGUAGGUCGGAGAACAGCAAAGGUGUUUACUGUCUCCAGUAUGAUGACGAAAAGAUCAUCAGCGGUCUACGCGAUAACUCCAUCAAGAUAUGGGAUAAACAGACUCUGGAGUGUUUGAAGAUCCUUACGGGGCACACAGGCUCUGUGCUGUGUCUGCAAUACGAUGAGAGAGUCAUUGUUACCGGCUCCUCUGAUUCCACUGUCAGAGUGUGGGAUGUGAACUCGGGGGAGGUUCUGAACACUUUGAUCCAUCAUAACGAGGCUGUGCUCCACCUGCGAUUCUGUAACGGGCUGAUGGUCACCUGCUCGAAGGAUCGCUCCAUCGCCGUGUGGGACAUGGCCUCUCCUACUGACAUCAGUCUCCGCCGGGUCCUUGUCGGACACCGGGCUGCCGUCAAUGUGGUCGACUUUGACGACAAGUACAUUGUCUCUGCCUCUGGGGAUCGGACCAUAAAGGUGUGGAGUACAAGCACCUGUGAGUUUGUUCGGACACUAAAUGGUCAUAAGCGAGGAAUUGCCUGCCUGCAGUACAGAGACAGACUUGUGGUCAGCGGCUCCUCAGACAACACCAUCAGGCUGUGGGAUAUUGAGUGUGGAGCUUGCUUGCGGGUUUUGGAAGGGCACGAGGAACUUGUUCGCUGUAUUCGCUUUGAUAACAAGCGGAUCGUGAGUGGAGCGUAUGACGGGUACGCCUGAGUCUGAUUAGUUGAAAGUUGAAAGAAAUUUUAUUGUCAUUUUUUCAGACCUGCCAGCCUUGUACUCAUUUUGCGUAGCGGGUAUGCAUUUUGACCUCAAAGUAUGCUAGUACGAUUUGUCACUCUAAGCUACGCAAAAACCUGGUGACGCCUCUGUCCACGCGCAGUACUCUAAUCAAGCAACAGCAAAAGAAGAAGAGUUCAACCAAUCGGAGUGCUGAGUUCAUUCCCCAAAUAGGAAGCAUGGAGGAUUGACAAAUGCAUAAGGGCUAUCAUUAAAACGAGACUGCAAAUUGACAGCAACACAACAUCCUGCUUGAUCCCCCUUCCACUCCUGCCAUCUGACUGAUUUCUUAAGCGAAGAAAGUAGUCACAAUUUCUUUUUUUUUUUUUUCUUUUUUUUUCUUUUCCCAGUUUUGCAGAAAUUUGCA